AUGGCGCUACAGGAACCCCAGCACGACGCGACCAACUCUCCGCCCCCAUUCAGCAACUUUCCCCAAGAUCCUUCGGACUUCGACAGCGACCCUCGAAUCUCCUUCUCCAAGUUGGACGACAAAUUCAUUUUGGAAACAGAGGAUGGACAGGAAUAUAGCUACGAUAAGAUAUUGAAGCGAUGGAUUCCGACGGUCGAUGAUGACUUGCUGAAACAACAGCAAGAAGCCUACAGAGUUCAGGGGGUGGACGACGAUGAGCAAGAAACUGCACAACAGCUCAAGAAGAAACGGAAACAACAAGGAAAUGGAGAGGGUGACUCACAAAAAGUGAAGAAGCAGCGCGUUAAUACUGCAGUGUACGUUACGUCCGUUCCCCUCGAUGCCGAGUUUGAAGAAAUUCGAGAUAUCUUUUCGAGGUGCGGCGUCAUCGCCGAGGAAAUUGACAGCGGGCGGCCGCGCAUCAAAAUGUACACGGAUGACGAUGGGAAAUUCAAAGGCGAGUUACUCGUUGUUUACUUCCGACCGGAGUCGGUCAACCUGGCAAUUCAAAUGCUGGAUGACUCCGACUUUAGACUGGGUGUUACAGGGCCACAGGGACCGAUGCGGGUUCAAGCUGCAGACUUCUCCUUCAAAAGCCAACAAGAGGCACCAACAAAGACCAACAUGCGGGAUAAGAAGAAGAUCAUCAAGAGGACCCAAAAAUUGAAUAACAAACUCACGGAUUGGGAUGACGAUGAGCCCGCUGCAUUGGUGGAUACAAACUCCAGAUUCGAGAAGGUUGUGAUACUCAAGCAUAUGUUUACACUUCAAGAGUUGGAUGAGGAUCCCGCAGCUAUCCUUGAUAUCAAGGAGGAUAUCCGUGAUGAGUGUUCCAAGCUUGGGGAAGUGACAAAUGUCGUCCUCUACGACAAGGAAGAAGCAGGGGUCGUUAGCGUCCGAUUCUCGAACCCGGAGUCAGCAAAAGCUUGCGUGAAGCUUAUGAACGGCCGUUUUUUCGGAGGAACAGCCGUCGAGGCGUAUAUCUCAGAAGGGAACGAGCGCUUCCGCAAGUCCAACGAGAAACGCGCAGCGCUCGAAGACUUGGCUGAAAGGGGAUUCCAUGCUGAGGAUGAUGACGAAGACCAACGAUUAGAUGAAUUUGGCACCUGGCUAGAGAGCUCGCACCAGGUGGAAAACACGGCCAAAUGA